AUGGCAGAUGACAACAAUCGAGAGUUAAACAGUCUGCGUCAAACUGUAGUGAGACUUGCCAAUGAGUUAGAUUACAAGAACCAUCUAUUGAUGGAGAAGGAAGGUCUAAGCCUUGAAAGAUUUGCUACGAUGAGCUCUUUAAUUGAAGAGAAAGAUAGACUUCUUGGUGAGAGAUCUGCUGUAAUCGGCUCAUUGAUGGCACAAAAACAUAGGCUACAUGAAAUUUUUGUCGAAGAGAUGCGAAAAUGUGAACAUUUGAAACAAGAGAUGAAGAAAAUCAGACAUGAAUUAGAAGUUCAGCAGCAGAUAUUGGAUACUAGAACCAUGGAACAGGAGGAACUUCUGACUGUUAACGGAAAGGGACUGAGGAUUGUGACUACCAAAUCUACAAAUGCUAAUACGUGUUUAAAAUCUCCAAAGUUCAAUCUGAUUGUUCCAGAAAAUCAAUUAAGUGAGUCCUUUGACAAACAUGACAACCUGCAAAAUAAUCUGGAGAAGAUAAUUGCUAGUACUGCUACUUUCUUGACUGAGGUGUUCACAUAUGUUUUAGUUUAUAGUAGUUUGCAACACUUGCAGUCACAGAAUGAAUAUCUGAAAGCUCAGCUAGAUUUUUUGAGGAAAGAACUUAACGAGAAAGGUGAAGCAUUGAAUCAACUUGAAAGCCUUAAUCAAAAUCUUACAUCGAAUAAGUCUUCAAGCAACAAAGAGCUGAAAGCUGCAAGAACAGAAGCCAUCAAAUGUUUCCUAACUAUGGAAGGCAAUGGAACAAAAAUUGGGAUAAAGAGAAUAGGGAAGAUUGAUCCACAACCUUUCCGAGAUGUAUGCUUUAAGAAAUUUUGCAGCUUAAGCUGGGAGGAAAAAUUCAAUGAAUUAUAUUCUUUAUGGCAAGAAAAUGUUAAUGAUUCUAGCUGGAAUCCCUUCAAGAAAGACAUCAACCGCGGGGAAUUGAGUGAGGUUGCUGAUGAAAAUGACAAGAAACUCGCAGAGUUAAGAGAAGAUUGGGGUGAAAAAGCAUACAAAGCUGUUGUUAAUGCACUACUGGAUUUUAGAAUAUACAACUCCAAUGUGAAGUCUUCUAUGCAUGAAAUUUGGAACUUUGAAGAGGGAAGAAGGGCUGACUUGAAAGAAUUUAUUCAGUACAUGAUCCAGUGCUGGGAAGUUCAACGAAAAAAAGGCAAUGAACAGUCUGGAGCAAUUGCUGAGCUGAUGGCAGAGAAAGAGAGACUACUUGGACAAUUGGCAAGUAUCAAUAUUCUAAUGAAGGAGAAGGACAAGCUUCUCAAAGAAAAAUAUGCAGCAGUUGAAAAAUCGAUAGCGCAGGACAUGGAGAAAGAUAAACUACAGAACAAAAUGUCUGCAACUAUCAGCAAAUUACAUGCAGAGAACCAAAUAUUACUUGAAUCUUAUAAUGCAGGUUGUUAUUCUGAGAAUAUGAUGCCAUUUAGAUUAGCCAUGAAGUUAAUUGACACUAAUGACUAA